AUGAAAAUGUCCGACUUCGAGCGAAUACGACUCGUCAUUCUUGGAGGAGCUGGUGUUGGAAAGAGCUGCAUUAUCAAACGAUUUCUUUUCAAAACUUACUCAGAUAAGUAUAGGCCAACAGUGGAAGAUUUGUACAAUCGAGAAUAUGACCUGGGAGCUGUUACGCUAAAAGUUGACAUCCUUGACACUUCUGGAGAAAUGCAAUUUCCGGCAAUGCGACGACUAUCCAUUGCAACUGCCCAUGCCUUUCUGCUAGUUUAUGCAUCAACAUCUGAACCAAGUCUUGGCUGUGUUAAACAAUGUUUCGAAGAGAUUCGUGAGCAACGAGCCGACUUUCAGGACAUUCCGAUGGUGAUUGUAGGCAAUAAAAGUGACGUCAGCGGAACUCAUCGAGAAGUGCUUAUCGAAGAUGUUUCGGAAUGGGUAUUCUGUGAGCUGCCUAAGCUAAAGGUGAAGGUAAUGGAAUGUUCUGCUAAGGACGACGUGAACAUUACCGAGAUAUUCAAAACCUUUGUUACACUAUCCCGUAUUAUUCCGGCCAAUAGUAAUAGUGAUUCAUCAUCGGGAUUGAAAAGACGUUCUUCUGCUUAUGUUAGUGCUAGUAGUAAAGCAAAAUCUAGAAUAGGAAGUCCGUCCACUGGUUGUGAAAAGUUGAAGGAACCGUCAUACCUGGCCGCCGGGUGUAGUGAGCCUUCAACUAGUGAUCCAAAAUCCAAGCCACGAUCCAGAUCCUUGAUCCGGAGAUCAUCCAGAAAAACUAAACAGCAAAUACAAAAUGCGUCCGGUACUGAUGACUGUAACGUACAGUAA